CUGCUGUAAUUUAAGCGCAAGCUGAUGACGGGGGAAGCGACCCGUUCCGUCUUUACUGUAGGUGGGAAACGAUGUGACAACCUUCCGUCACAUUUAAAACAGUCAGGCUGUUAGUGAGCUGUUCUUUCCCUGUACAGUCAGCAGACUCUGUAAUGACUGUAUCAGGGCCAGGAACGGAACACGUCGCCGAAGACGGAGAACUGAUCUGAAGUUACUUUUUACACAACUCGGAUUAUAUUAUCGGUCGCUGUGAUUUACUCCUAAAAAAAAAAAAAAAAGAUCUGAAUUAUUUACUCGGGCAGUCAGUUUGGUGGCUAUUCCCCAGAGUCUCCAUCCAUCGGAAAAUAAAGUCCAGUGAUGGUGAACAGCCGUGUGGAGUCGUCAGCUGUGGCUGUAACAGGUGGAGGUGGAGGUGGAGGCGGAGCAGGCCGAUCGUGUGCCGGCUGUGGUGGCCGCAUCUCUGACCGCUUCCUGCUCUUCUCCAUGGAGCGCUAUUGGCACACGCGCUGCCUGAAGUGCUCGUGCUGCCAGGCACAGCUGGGUGAGAUCGGCACCACCUGCUAUAGCAAAGGGGGCAUGAUCCUCUGCAGGAAUGACUACAUCAGGUUGUUUGGACACAGUGGGGCUUGCAGUGCAUGUGGUCAGUCAAUUCCAGCCAGUGAGAUGGUGAUGAGGGCACAGGGGAAUGUCUACCACUUGAAGUGUUUCACAUGUGCUACAUGUCGGAACCGCCUGGUGCCCGGGGACAGAUUCCACUAUGUCAAUGGCACCAUUUUUUGUGAGCAUGACCGGCCUGGAGGAGGCAUGCUCAGCAGUCACUUGGCUCCACUACAGAGCAGCACGCUCCUGCCAGACCAGAAGGUAUGCUAAAGGGACAAGGACUCAGCACAGCACAGCGUGCCUUCUAUUUGUCCUUCUUUUUCUGUUCACCUUUUCUCCAUCUUCUUCAUCUUUACCUUGCUUCAGAGGCACUGAUGUCCCUCCAUUUGUGGGUGAACACAUUACCGGACUCUUGAAAGCUUUGCUUGAAAAUAGAAGUUUGUCUUUUCAAACAAAAUUCUCUGAGGCUGGAAAAGCUUCCUCCUUCAUGUUCAGGGUAAGAUGAGUGAGCAGAGAAGAUUCAAGUUACUGUUAAUGUUGGCUGUGGGAUGGCAUUAGCUGAACCCUGCUGAUAAGCCCUAAACACAGAGGAUGAGGAAAGGAGGCCCAUGUUUCCAAUUCUGUUUUUAACAUUUGAUAUUAAGACACUUUUUGAGGACACCUUGGAUGUUACGUGAAACAGUCCUGACAGUGAAAUGCAGUGGAGGAUGCUGUUACUUCUAACAGAUGAUGCCGAUUGUUUUUCCUUUCAACAGAGAGAGACCUGACAUUUUGUGGCUUAUACUCUGUAAAAACACAGUUUGCGUAACUUAUGAUUGUGUGAGUUUUGUAUUGCUGGUAUUUGCCUGUUUAACAUCAUUGGCAGGAGUUCAUGUUUCUGUGGGUCUGUGGGCCUGAUGUACUGAUGUCUUGCUUAGGACAUCAGACAAAAAGAAUAGAAUACAAAUGUGUAUAUAUAUAUAUAUAUAUAUAUAUAUAUAUAUAUAUAUAUAUAUAUAUAUAUAUAUAUAUUGUCUUUUACUGUUGUAUUGUGUGCUCAGCAGCUGAA